CACUAGGGCGGCCGAGGCAGAGGGCACGAUCUGAACCUUCACCGCCAUGGCCGUGUUCGUAUCCACUUCUAUAGCAGUCUGGGCCUCGCUCUUCAUUCUCAUUGCAAUUUCUUGGAAAGCGCAACAGGUCGAGGCCGGGAAGCCCCGCGUUGCUUUGCAGUUCCACGAUAUGGAGAAGUGCAAGGGUGUGCAACCUCCGUUCGAAUUCAAAAACGCUACAGUUGUUCGCUCCAAACUUGGCUCCAAUUCAAUAAAUGUUGAUUUCGACAAUCAAGAAGUUAUGAAGACAGCUUCGAAGUUAGAGCUGGCCGUCACCAGGUGCUCCGAUGCCGUCUCGUUUAACACAUGUGAGUACGAGGCGACGCUCAAGUACUCCGUGGGACUGUGCCAACUCAUUGGAUCCCAGACCAUGCCCUGGUACUCUAUCCUCUCCUCCAUGCAUCCGCCGGCGCGCUGCCCCUUACUGAUUGGACCAUACCAGAUGAGGAACGGUACCGUUGACAUGACCUCCGUUGUUAAAUUUACGGGGACAAGUUACCUGGAACAAACUUUCGGAAAAAUUUUCAUGACAGUGGUGCGGAUUUUCAAUGAAAAGGGAAGCCUGCACGUGUGCUUCACCGUCAGAUACAGUUUCAUGCGCGUCAGAAAUUAACACCAAUUAGUGUUUGAAAAGCAAAGCAAGAGACGGAGAGACACAAUGUGUGAAAAUUUCUUUUUGUUAACAUUUGACGGCGAAUGUUAAAAAGGUCCAUUCCACAAAAAUGUUUACUGUGUGCCGGUCCUGUCACCGUGAUGCAUUGUGGUUCACCAAUUGUACGACAAGUGGCUUUGUAAU